UUGGCCCCAGCGGCUCGCCGUCGUCCCGGAAAGGAAGCCGGUAGCGAUGGCGGCAGGGGCGCCGCCGCCGGAUCCCCAGGCGCGCUUCGGCCAGUCUGUGAAGGGACUGCUCACCGAGAAGGUGAACGCCUGUGGCACCGACGUGAUCGCUCUCACCAAGCAGGUGCUGAAGGGCUCCCGGAGCUCCGAGCUCCUGGGUCAGGCGGCUCGAAAUAUGGUCUUGCAAGAGGAUGCCAUCUUGCACUCGGAAGAUAGUUUAAGGAAAAUGGCAAUUAUAACAACUCAUCUCCAGUACCAGCAAGAAGCCAUUCAGAAGAAUGUGGAGCAAUCGUCCAAUCUACAGGAUCAACUGAACCACCUGCUGAAAUGAAAUGGCAACCAAGGGCUCACGAGCACUUUCAAGCUGAUAGGGAAAUGCAUUACUCUGGAGCAGCAGGGACCAUCUCUUUCCACCUCCCACUCCAGCAGAUGAGUGCUAACACUGAGCCGUGAUAAGCUCCAGCUCGAUGACAGAUGUCAGAGCGGACUCUGUGAAUGCGCUUCUAACUUCAAGAGAAACAAACAUGUCGGUCUAAACUAGGCCGCAGCAGCACUUUAAUUUGUUUCGCUGAAGCAGGCUUCUUAAUCGGUCAGUCAGUGGUAUCUGUCGAGCGCUUACUAUGUGCAGAGCACUGGACUAAGCGCUUGGGAAAGUACAGUACAACUCUAUCAGAUCUAGUUGUUUUUUUUUUUAAUUAAAGAAGAAUUUAGAGAAAUCUGUAUGUAUCUCUUUUUUUUCCUUUUUAAAGAGUGUCAGGAUCCAACUCUUCAUGGCAAAGCUAUAUUGUCCAAUUAGGAAAUCAGAUUGGGUUCUUGGGAUUUACAUGGAGUAGUCUUUACGUUAGAAAUCCUUCCCAGCAAAAUAAUAGAACUGAUUGGGAGUCUAUGAGAAAUAAAGCUUUCCUGUUGAACAGGACUAGCCAUUGUUCUAAGUCGAAAUUAUGUAAAUUUCCAAGUAUUUGUAGUUUUGGCAUUCUGUUUUAGUCACAAAUUAUAUUUAUAAUUUAAUUACUAAUUUUUGUUUCUGCUAAAACUAGAGUUUGGCACAUUAUAUCCUGCUGGCAGCUGUAACCUCCUGCCUUGAACUACAUUCCUGCAGUUUCUUUGUUCUUCCAUCUCUUGAUUAUGUGGCCUUGGAUUCAUUUUGUAAUUCUGUAGGUCAUCAGCAAACUAAUCAUCCAUCACAUAGCUGCCAAAUUCUACGGCCGUAAAUCCCUUUCCUGCGUUACUGUAGUUCUCAGUAAGUGAUGGCUUUGUGCAGAAGAACCCUGUAUAGUAAAAACCUUGAGUGUGUACCAGACUAUUAUUAUUGUUAAUAACAAUAAUCAUAAAGUAGCAUAGUCUAGUGGAAAGAGCACAGGCCUGG